UAAAGAGAAGUAGCCCCGGAUCCUGCAGCCGUGUGACUCCCGGCUUUGCGCACCGCUCACAGCUGCGCCAAAUUCAGCCUGCCUGUGCACCAGCACGGCUCCAGACGGCGGUGAGGAUGCGGACUUCUCUGCUCGUGUGCUGCUACGUCUUCGCGCUGCAAUGCCUCCCGAGCACGCUUUGUCUUCCAGUGCGGGGAUCCAGCAGGUACAAAGCGGCACCGGUCUCUGAAAAAUUCCCCGACCUGAAGAAGAGGGGGAAGGCUCCUCACGCUCAGGACUUAGUGAAGGAGACAAGUUUGCAGACAAACACCUCCAACACGUGGAACCGUCCUCGCUGUGGAGUGCCGGAUUACCCCGCUCAGAAGGAGGUGCAUUAUCGGGGGCGACAGAGACGCUUUGUCCUGUAUGGAGGACGUUUGGAGAAGACAGACCUCACCUACAGGAUCGUUCGGUUUCCCUGGCAGAUAAGUGAGGAAAAGGUGCGACGUGUGUUUCGGGAAGCGCUGAAAAUCUGGAGUGACGUCACACCGCUCACCUUCACUGAGAUCCACAGCGGGAAGGCCGACAUCCGCAUCGACUUCACCAGGUACUGGCACGGAGACAACCUCCCCUUCGAUGGCCCGGGUGGGAUUCUCGCUCACGCCUUCUUCCCCAAAACGCACCGACAGGGUGACAUUCACUUUGACUACGACGAGUCAUGGACCCUCGGAAACCACAUGGGCACAGACCUUCUCCAGGUUGCUGCCCAUGAGUUCGGGCACGUCCUGGGCCUGCAGCACUCACGCGAGCCGGGUGCCAUCAUGUCCGCAUACUACUCCUUCUCCUACCCGCUGAGGCUGAGCGAGGAUGACAAGCGAGGCAUCCAGUAUCUGUAUGGAGCUCAUCCGCAAGUCCUGCCCUCACCGCCGCCCCCGCCUCCACCUCCAGCCAACCCAGAGACCAACGAGAUCAUCACUAAUCCCGACGCCUGCCAGACGGACUUUGAUGCCGUGUCUAUGAUCCGAGGGGAGCUGUUCUUCUUUAAGUCAGGCUACGUAUGGCGGAUCAGGGACGGGCAUCUGGAGAGCGGUUACCCAGCGCUGGCGUCCCGUCACUGGAGGGGGAUUCCCGACAACAUCGACGCCGCCUUUGAAGACAAGUCAGGGAAUAUUUGGUUCUUUCAAGGUGAGAACUACUGGGUGUUCGAUGCUGAGAUGCAGAUCAGAGGGCCGGAGUCCAUCAGGCGUUUGGGUCUGUCUGUGUCCGGGAUCCAGGCGGCGCUGCGCUGGGGCCACAACUCCAACUACAACACCUACUUCUUCAAGUCAGGCAGCUACUGGAGGUUCAGCCCCCGCGAGAACCGCGUCGAGUCCGUCUACCCACGCAGCAUGCAGGACUGGAGCGGCAUCCCUGACGACGUGGAUGCCGCUUUCAGGGACAUCUACGGCUACGCUCACUUUAUCCGAGGACGACAGUACUGGAAGUUCGAUCCCGUUGGUAUGAACUCGUUGGAAGGCUACCCUCGCUACGUCGGCAUGGAUUUUUUCGGCUGUAAAAACGUGUGAGUCUCUAACUGUGGAGAGUCAAAUUAACACUUCUUGUUUUUUUUAUGACUAUGAAGAGGAGUUUUUGGAGCAGAGACAUUCAUGUGUUCAUCCUGUGGAUUGAAGAGGAUGAGUCGAUCUCCUUUAAAUCUGUUUAUGCUUUACUCCAUUUAUUGAGUUACACCUUCUUCUCAGGAAAACCAAGUAAUGUUUCCUCAGACUUGGCACCUCCUGUGCAGCUAUACUCGUAUUUAUUUUGCACAUUUUGUCACCAUAACGCUGAGAUCUGGGCCCUGUAUUAAUGACGUGCCACGCUGCACUGUCCUCACUUCCUGUCUUUGAGCCUCAAACUGAGAAUUUGGACUGAUUCUGGUUCACAAACAGAACCAGUACAGACUGUGGAGGAUGUUUUCCAUUUCAGCUGUUGUUGUUUUGUCAUCAUGGUUGGACUCUGUGAUCCGUAAAUGUUUGAAGAGUGACAUCAAACCUAACGCUGCAGGAGACAGAUUUGUGCAUUAGCUGCAGGGGGAGUUCACUUUUGUUUUGAUGCUGAAACUUUAAACCUAUAAAUCAUUCGCCAUGAUGUCGGUAAACAAAAGUUUAAGGAGGUGAUCACACGUGCAGUUGAUUUUCCUGCCAGUCUGACUCACACUGACCAUGAGUCAGAGCGUAUAAACAAAGGUCGCAUCACUUUAAAGUCACUCUUUUAUUAUACAGAGUUCUGCAGCACUGAGUAGAGUUUAUGUGACACAGUAACUUUGACUGUGUCCUGCUCAGCUUUCAAAUCAGUUUCAUGUCCUGAAUUAAGUCUCUCAGGCAGCAUGCUAGGUGGCGUCACAAACAGUCAAGUUUCCAUCCAAAUGUAGCACAAACUUUAACACAAACGUGUCAAAACAUGAUGGAAAUGUUGCAUUUGUGUGCUGCGUGUAUUAAUACAAGGACGAUUACAGUCUCCUCUUUGCUCCACACUAAUCUGAGUUUAGGUCACGAUUCAUAUACGUCUUUUUCUGUUGCACUUCAUCACAUUUUGUUUAUAAGGAUACGCUAGCUGUUCCACCUCAGCCAAACGUGAAAACUGUUUCUGUUUUGCACGUUUGUUUUGGUUUUUAUUUCACUAUGCCUCCACGACGGCGACGGCCAUGGCCAGAGGCAUUGUGUUUUCAGAUUGUCCGACCGUCCCAU